AUGUCUCUCAUUGAGGAAUUUCACCUGAUGAAUCUUGAUCAGCGAUUAUUAUCUGCGAUCUCCGACUUGAAGUGGAAAAAGCCAACUGAUAUACAACAGGCUGUUAUUCCGCUUGUACUUGAAAAGAAAAGCCUGAGUGUUCAAGCCCGUACUGGAUCGGGAAAGACGGGUGCAUUCUCCAUUCCUAUAAUUCACUCCAUACUUGAAAUGAAAACGUUCCAAGUUGAACAGAAUACUUCAGCGUUAAUUUUAUCUCCAACCAAGGAACUCUGCAAUCAAAUAGCAAGAGACUUAAGAUCUUUGUGUAAAUAUGCGUCAAAAACUGUUAGCGUCCUCGACGUUGCACAGUCUGUCGACAUGGAUGUGCUAAGGCCUCUUCUGGCUGAAAAUCCGGAUAUAGUCGUUGGUACACCAUAUAGGAUUUUAGCACAGCUCCACAGAAAACGCCUUAAUCUCAAAAAUCUAACUCAUCUUGUGGUCGAUGAGGCUGAUUUAAUUUUUACCUUUGGGUACGAGAAAGAUAUGCAGGAACUAAAAAAUUUUCUUCCAAAAAAGCCAAUUCAGGUUAUCCUGAUGUCAGCUACGCUUGAUGAAACAACAAAUUCACUACGUCGUUCUCUCAAAAGUGGCGAAUGGGUUCGUGUAGAAUUGCCUGAAGAGAACUUUUUGCCUUCCGAGUCCCAGCUCACACAAUAUAUAAUCAGUGCCGAAGAAUCGUCCAAAUACGCCAUACUUAUUUCCAUGAUUCAACUUAAGCUAAUUCGUGGUCGUACUCUUAUCUUUGCAAAUUCAAUUGACAGAUGUUACAAGUUAAAACUAUUUCUUGAGGAAUUCGGGGUCAAAUCUGUGGUUCUGAAUUCAGAAUUGCCUGUAGCAACAAGAUGUCAUACGGUUCAACAAUUCAACAAGGGUCUCUACGACUACUUACUAGCAACUGAUGAAAACGAGAGUGGGACAGUUCCAGAUCCACCGAAGAAUUCUAAGUUCGCCCGACCCAAAAAGGAUGCCGAGUAUGGUGUCUCACGUGGCAUCGAUUUCAAACUUGUUAGCAAUGUCCUCAAUUUCGACUUCCCGCUAACGGCGAAGCGGUACGUGCACCGUGUUGGUCGAACGGCACGAGCCGAUCAAAUGGGCACAGCCCUCUCCUUCGUCAACAGUUCCGAAGAGUCUCGUCUAUCAGAGGUGGCAAAUCUCCUGUGCCAGAAAGAUCCCUCCACUUCACAAGUCAGUCAGAAGGACAACUCAGCUGUCGAAUCCAUCUUCCGACCAUAUCAGUUCCGAUUGUCUGAAGUCGAUGGGUUUAGAUAUCGUGCGGCGGAUGUAAUUGGCAAAAUCACUCGCAAGCGGAUUCGUGAGGCACGAUUAAAGGAGAUCAAGGUGGAGUUGCUGAAUUCGGCGCGUUUAAAGGGCUACUUCGAAGAUCAUUCUGCUGAUCUCGUUGCUCUACGUCACGACAAACCCCUUUCUACAACGCCUCAGGCACAUCUCAAGGAUGUUCCUGGGUACAUGGUUCCACCAUCCCUGCAAGCCCUGAUGCAGAGAUCGAACCAGCGUGUCAGGGACCGCCAACGCUACAGGCUAUCCAAUCGGGCCAAGGAAAAGCAACAGUUUCGACGCAAGGAGGCAUCUACUUCUCGUGAAACCGAAAAACCAAUUAAACUGAGUCGACUGAGGAGCCACAAGACGAAGAUGGCUAUAGCCAGGAACCCCGACAAGGUGGCCCAGAUCAAACGCCAACUGGCACGUAGGAAAAAGGCUGCCAAUCCGCUGUUUUCUUUCGGAAAAACAAAAGGUAAAGGCAAAAAAUCAAAAUGA